CUGGGCUCUUCACAGUCUCUAAGAGGACAAGCAACAUCCUCCCAUCCCAGACUAGGUGCAAUGACGUCUUUCUGGAAGCGCCUGGCUUGCAUUCUUGUCGGAACCGCCAUCUACCCAACCAUCUUACUGGUUUCGGUCGUCAUCCAGUAUGCCCAAACCGUGCUUCCUCCUGGGAUCGAUCACACCUUGAAGCUUCGUGUGUGCCAGACAUGGCUCAUUUCGGGUAUCCUGCUAGGAAUUGUUUUGGAGGCGCUGGGCUUGUCCAGUCUUCCCGAAAUCUUACGGCUGUGGACGAAUGGAAUCGGCCCGCGGGAGGAUCCGUCCCUGGUCAUUCGGAACCAGAAUUUUGAUGGGGUGCCAGUGAGGAUCUACUCAUCCAAAACGGGGCCGACUGUAAAAGGGAAAGCUGUGCUUUUUUGCCACGGUGGAGCUGGCGUUUUCGGAAGCUUCGAUAGCUACGAAAGAUUCCUGCGGUACAUUGCCAAAGUGGGGAAUUCGACUGUAUUCAUGGUUGGGUAUCGACUUGGGCCGGAGAACCCUUAUCCAACCCAGCACGUUGAAUGUCUGAAGGCGGCCGUCUUCCUCAUGAAACAUGCAGAAGAUUACGGGGUGGACAGCUCCCGUAUCAUCAUUUCUGGAGACAGCUUUGGGGGUGCGGUGGCCACACACGUCUGUCAGUCACUGGUGGACCGGAGUGACCUUCCCAAGGUUCACGCCCAAGUGUUGAUCUACCCCGUGCUUCAAGGCCUGGAUCUCUGCUUGCCAUCCUAUCAGCAGAACCGCAGAAGUCCCCUCUUGUGGCGUAAGCUAGUCCCCUUCUUGGCCUGCUGUUACUUUAACAAGCCCACUUCUUUUGUGGACGGUAUUCUGAAGAACAGGCACGUUCCUGAGGCCACCCGUUUGAAGUACCAGAAGUGGGUGAGCGCCGACCACAUCCCGGAGCGGUUCAAAGCCAGAGGCUACACGCCGCCAGAGCCAUCCUCGUCUCAUUUUAACCCUCGGUUGCACGAAGAAGUUAAAGUGCUGCUCACCGAAAUGUGUUCACCCUUGCUCGCCGAGGAUGCGGUAGUCUCCAAGCUCCCUCGGACCUUCCUGCUGACCUGCGAGUAUGAUGUCCUUCGCGAUGACGGUUUGUUGUACAUGAGGCGGCUGACAGACAACCGUGUGCCGGUAACCUGGAGCCACGUAGAGAAGGGCAUCCAUGGGAUGUUCUUACUUUACGGGUAUCGCAUCCUAUCCUUUCCGCUGAUCAACAGGGUGGUGCACGAUCUCGCCGAUUUUAUCCGAAGCUUGUGA